AUGCACGCAUCCUUCGCGCGCGUGACAAGUGCUGGGUGGGGCACGGCGAGAGUGCGCUACGUGCUGCUAUCCUACCCCUACGGCAUCCGAUGGGCGCUCACAUGCCUGCAUACGCGCAUCUUCCAGCGUGCCGUAGAACAGCUUGCACGCAUGGCACAUGCGCCGGACGUGGCUGUGCUCCUUGUGGGCGGCACCCACGACCAAUUUACCAGCCGUGCGCUCGGCCGAAUAAAUGGAACGAGACCAACACUGCCGCGGCGCUUUGCAAACACGACGGCGAUGGCGGCGCCAGGAAGUGCCGCAGAUCUAGUGGCACUUGCGCUAGCAACAUCCGACGGCUCCGUGAGCGAUGCGGCGAUUGUAGCUGUGCUGAGCGAGCGUCUUGCGCACGGAGUGCCGUAUACGUGGGCGUCGGCGACGAACCUUGUUUGUGUGAACCCCUAUCGGGAGAACGAUGCGUUGGACGCGGAGUUUUCCGAGCAGUGCUCGGUGUAUCACGACAUUGCCUCGAUGGAGCCCCAUCCAUGUGCGUUGGCGGUGCGUGCGUAUCACAGAAUGCUCCGUGUGCAGCAGUCCCAGUCGAUCCUGUACCACGGCGCGACCGACGCCGGGAAGUCGCACGCGAUGCAGCUCGUCACCGAGCAUUUGCUCAUGCUUGCGGCAUCGCAGACACCGGAAGAAUCGCUCAUUGCCGACCAAGUACGGUGCGCACAGCACAUUAUCGGCGCGUUUGGCGCGGCGCGCACCGCUGCGAGCGAGCGCGCGUCGAGACACGCGACCUACUUGGAGAUGCAUUUUACAGCAACUGGCCGCCUUUCCGGUGCAAAAUUGCUGGCAUACGGCCUGGACAAGCACCGGCUGGGCGAUACUGUGCCUGGGGAGCGCACAUAUAGCAUAUUUUACCAGUUUUUCGGCGGCGCAACACGCGAAGAGCGCGAAGCGUACCGCCUGGACGGCGUCCCGCAAUUUGCCCUUUUUCCAAAACGCUCUUUGCCUACAAGGGAAGAUGCGCGUGCGUGCGAGUGGACACGCAGUGCGUUUGCGUCGCUUGGCUUGAAAGAGAAGCACGUCCAAGGUAUUUUUUGCGUGCUUUCCGCGGUGCUGCACCUUAGCAAUCUGACAUUUGCUGACGCAGACGUGCCGAACUCUGCCGCGUGCAUCACUUCACACGACGCGCUGGAGCGCGCAGCGGCGGUACUGCAAGUGGCGCCGUCGGACUUGGCGCAAAGUCUUGUGAUGGAUACGUGCUAUCUGCAAAACGAGCGGAUCACACAUCUCCUCGACCACCGCGGCGCCGCGAUGCAGCGCGACGGACUUGUGCGCAACUUGUAUGCUCUCCUCUUUGCGUUUGUCGUGGAGGUCAUCAACCAAAAACUAGCGCCCGCCACCGGCACUGCACAUCCUUUGCAAAUCGUGCAGUUUGACCCCCCUGGCUUUGUCGCUCGCGGCGAGGUGAAAGCUCCUCGUGCUUCGCACUUCGACGAUCUGGUCAAGAACUACAUGGCCGAGCUGUUUCGCGCGAUGGAUUUGCAUGCGUGCUUAGACGCGCACGCAGGGGUAAACCAGGCGCUUGUUGACGACGGCAUUCGCGUCCCACACACCGCAAAGUACCGCGAUGUGAUGCCUCUGCUUCGCGGCAGUCCUCCCGAUGCAGCCAUCCCUGCACAAGGGAGUGUCGCUGCCGACUAUGCCACCGCCUUUUCCCAGGUCCUGCAUGGCCAGCGUGUCGAAGACGACGACGGUGCACUGCUCGAUUCGUUAUACCCCCUUGCGAGCGAGCAAUCUUUCCAUCCCAUCGACUCGUGCCGUGGUGUGCCGGCGUACGGAAUCGACCAUGCGUUUGGUACCUGCGCUUAUUCCGUUCUCCACCACCAGCGGUCGGAGGUGGAUUUGUUUGCCACCGAGCAGUUCCAGCUAUUGCGCUCAUCUGCGUCUCCGUUUAUCACGCGCCUCGUCGCGGGUCCUGGCAUGGCGAUCGAUUCGCACUUGGCGGACCGCAAAGUCGUGCUCCGCGCGCAAAUUUCUUCGCGCCCUUUGCGCCGUCCGACGCAGCUCGGCACAUGCACACUCUUUUCCAGCACGGGUAUUGCGGGCGUGUUUGAACAACUUGAUGCAACUGUGGUUGAUUUGGUGCGCAUGCUGCAUGCCACAGACACAACCUGGCGCGUGUUCUGCCUGUGCUCCAACGACAUGUCGCAGCCCAACGCAUUCGAUACGCGCCGUGUGACGCAACAAGUGCGUGCGGCUGCCUUGCCCCAGCUUGUUCAGCGCAUGCAGCACAGUUGGCUGGCUCCCAUUGCCUUAAUCGAUUUUUGCCAGCGCUAUGAAGCGGUGCUGCAUGCCACUCUCGGCGAAGCUGUUAUGGCUGCUGCCGACGAACGCGGCCAGUUUCUCGAGUUUGCGUGCCUGCGUGGCUGGUCGGACCCUGGCGAGUUUGUGCUAGGCGCGACGCAAGUUUGUCUUGCGUACGCAUCCUGGUACGCGCUCGAGGAAGAGAUGCGUACCUUUAGCAAUGCGCGCGGCAUUGCGGGCGACACUGCGCGAGCGUCUGUGCCGCCGAAUCCUUUUGGGCUCCUUGACGAGCAGCGCUAUUCUGGCGCAUCGUACACGAACCCCUCUGCGGAAACACAUAGUACCGACUUUUACGGGACGAAGCACCAGACAUUUGAGAUGCAGCCUGAUGCGUCGCAAACGUCGCUCCUCAAGCACGACACGGAUCCAGAGAUCGACGCACUUGGCCUUGGCGAGCCCAUCCAGCCGACCAACGGGUCGUGGGGCCCGACGCUGAUUACGGAAAAAGACGUGCUUUUGGAAGCGACCAGUGUAGAAGAAGUGCCCAUUCCCAAAAUGCGCAAAUGCUGGACAGCAAUCGUGUGGGCCAUUACGUUUUGGAUUCCCGACUCGGUGCUGAAAUACAUUGGCAAGAUGAAGCGUCCCGACGUGCGCAUGGCUUGGCGCGAAAAGCUCGCGAUUUGUGUGCUCAUCGGCCUCUUUUGCGGUCUGAUUUUGUUUUACAUCAUCGGUCUCGGUCGCAUUCUUUGCCCUGAGUACGAUAAAGCGUGGAAUGCGGGCCAGCUGGGCGAGCACAGCGACGGCGACUCGUACUAUGUUGCCGUGCAUGGAAACGUGUAUGACCUGACCAAGUUUUACAAGAUGGACCACUCGGACAUCAAGGCCAUGCCUGUCACCAACGAUUCGAUGAUGGAGCUUGCGGGGCAGGAUCUGACUGCCUACUUUCCUGUUCCGCUCGUGCAAGGAUGCCCCGGGCUCGUUCAGGACGUCAAUUUGGAGCUCAUGGCCAAUGAAAACCUCACCGCGACGCUUGGACAGGCUGUGCACAAAUCCGGUGCGGCGCAGACGUACUCCGAUACCAAGCUUAACAGUCCGUCGUGGUACUUUAACCGAUUCCUCCCGAAAAUGAAGCCGUACUUCAAAGGCUACUACGUGUUCAGCAACGAAGAACUGCAGACCGACGGCUCCUGGCGGAAAUGGGCGGUGGUCGAUGGGCGUGUGUAUGAUUUGACCAACUAUCUCUUCACUGCGAAUCAGAAACGAGGCGACGACAAGUACACCUUCCUCAACCAGGACGUUGUGGACUUGUUCGAUGCGCAGUCGGGCUCGGAUAUCACGGCAGACUUUUCGCGGGCCAUGGCUGCGCUGCCACCAACAGUGCGGCACCAAACACAGCAGUGCCUUGACCGUACCUUUUAUCUUGGGCGCCACGAUUUUCGCGAAACGGCGCGCUGCGAAGCGCAAAACUACUUGCUGCUGUCUUUUUCGAUCCUCAUUUUCAUCUCCAUCUUUGCCAAAUUUGUGAGUGCGCUGCAGCUUGCGCGGCGGCCCACUCCGGAGCUGCAGGACCGGUUUGUGAUCUGCCAUAUUCCCUGCUACACGGAAGGCGAAGAUUCGCUGCGCAAAACGAUUGAUUCGCUUGCCGUGCAGCAGUACGACGACAAGCGCAAGCUGUUGUUUAUUGUGUGCGACGGCAUGAUUACCGGCAGUGGCAACGAGAAGCCCACGCCGCGGAUUGUGCUCGACAUUCUCGGUGUCGAUCCUCUUGUUGAUCCUGAGCCUCUUCCUUUCAAGUCAGUCGCCGAGGGCAGCAAGCAGCUGAAUUACGGGAAAGUGCACUCGGGCCUGUACGAAUGCGAAGGGCACAUGGUGCCGUUUAUUGUUGUGGUCAAAGUCGGGCGCCCUAGCGAGCGCUCCAAGCCUGGCAAUCGCGGCAAGAGGGAUACCCAAGUGCUGCUCAUGCGCUACUUGAAUAACAUGCACUUUGACUUGCCCAUGUGCCCCCUCGAGCUGGAAAUCUACCACCACAUGAAAAACGUGAUUGGUGUGGACCCUGCUUUUUACGAGUAUGUAUUGAUGGUCGACGCCGACACGACCAUAAUGGCGGACGGAAUGAAUAGACUCGUCGCUGCCGCGUGUCAUGACCAUUCCAUCAUUGCUGUGUGUGGCGAGACGCUGCUGGAAAAUGAAGACGAGUCGGUUUGGACCAUGAUCCAAGUGUACGAGUACUACAUUUCCCACAAUCUUGCUAAAGCGUUCGAGUCGCUGUUCGGCAGUGUCACCUGUCUGCCAGGCUGCUUUACCAUGUACCGCAUCCGCUCCACCGACAAAGGCAGGCCCUUGCUGGUGAGCAACAAGAUCAUUGACGACUAUGCCGUGAGCCGCAUAGAUACCUUGCACAAGAAAAACUUGCUCGCGCUCGGCGAGGACCGGUACUUGACCACCCUUCUCCUCAAGCACUUUCCCAGCUACCGCACCAAGUUCCGUGUGGAUGCCAAAGCGCUGACCACCGCGCCGAGCCAUUUUAGUGUCCUGCUCUCCCAGCGGCGCCGGUGGAUUAAUUCUACGGUGCACAACUUGGUCGAGCUUGUGCGUAUGGACGGCCUGUGUGGUUUCUGUCUUUUUUCCAUGCGCUUCAUUGUGUUCAUCGACUUGGUCGGCACGGUGAUCCUUCCUGCGACGGCAGUGUACAUGGUGUAUCUCAUUGUCACUGUCGCCACUGGCGCCGCGCCGCUGCCCAUUAUUGCACUAGCCAUGAUCGGCGCGGUGUAUGGCCUGCAGGCCAUCGUCUUUUUGCUCCGGCGCCAGUGGCAAUACAUUGGCUGGAUGGUGAUUUACUUGAUGGCCUACCCAGUCUAUGCCUUUCUCUUACCCAUCUACUCUUUCUGGCACAUGGACGACUUUACGUGGGGCAGCACGCGCAUCGUCGUGGGCGAAAAAGGCAAUCGAAAGGUGGUCGCAGGCACGGAUGACGAGCCCUACCACGACUCGAUGAUUCCAAAAAAGCGCUUUUCCGAGUACCAACAGGAAAUGUACGCGUUGGGGGAUGCGUUCGACGAUCCAUUGCUGUUCGGCGAUGCGUCUGCUGCGCGCGCCGCGCCGAUCGCCGCGCCAGAUUUUGAAUACACCGACUAUUUCCAGGAGACCAACGUACUCGAUAAGCGCGCCUCGCGCAGCCUUCCGCGCACCUCUCGUUACGAUGCGCGCUCACAUGGCGCAACGCCAAUGGACAUGCAUUCGGUGCCGAUGCCUGCCAUGUCCAUGUACGGCAUGCCGCCCAUGUACGGCACGAAUCCGUGGGGCACGCCGUUUCCCGCCACACGGCCCAUGUCGGGAAUCAGUGCACUAGCACACCCCCUCUCUUCCAUGGGGCAUGGCGCAGUACCCGAGACCGACGCGAGCGACCCAUCCGACGAAACGCUGCGUGCCGCCAUCAUCUCUUACCUGGCUGCCCAGCCGAGUUUGAUGCACGUCACAAAACGGCAUGUGCGCGAAGCCAUCGGCGCUGCAAUGCCCAACGCCGACCUCGCACGUCGCCGUGGCCGCAUCAACCGGAUGGUUGACGAGCUGCUUUCCGGGGGGGCGUGA